CGGCUGUCAUUCUAGAAAGUAAACAACGCGAUUUUCGUAAAUUGCUGGGCCGCGCGAAACGAUUUUCGGUGAAAAUGUUAGCAAUCCAGCCGGGAAAUUCCGGUGGCAUUCCGGACAAACUAUGGCAGCCCCACUUUGUGACCUUUGAAACCACCAUGGGAGAGCUGACGAUUGAACUGUACUGGAAACAUGCUCCCAAUACCUGUCGGAACUUUGCAGAACUGGCACGACGAGGCUACUAUAAUGGGACCCAGUUCCAUCGCAUCAUCCGGGACUUUAUGAUACAGGGAGGUGACCCAACGGGAACCGGCCGCGGUGGACAGUCCAUCUAUGGGGCAACGUUUGCGGAUGAGAUUCAUGCCGAUCUGAAACACACGGGAGCGGGCAUCGUUUCCAUGGCCAACUCGGGUCCCGACACUAACGGCUCACAGUUUUUCAUCACCCUCGGCCCUACACAGUGGCUGGAUGGAAAGCAUUCCAUCUUCGGGCGGAUACACUCGGGGAUGCAGAUAGUGAAGCGCAUAGGGCUGGUGGAAACGGACAAGAAUGAUCGUCCCGUGGAAGCGGUCAAGAUUGUAAAAGCCAAGGUAGAAAAGUACUGAUAGUAAUACAUUUUGAAAACGAA